AUGGCCUCCCACCGCAUCGGCGCCCGCCUCGCGGGCCUCUCGCAAGAGCAGCUGAUCGAGCUGAUCGACAAGCAGGCGCCCCUCUGGAGCGCCGCCGCGCUGCGCGUGGCGGAGGAGCACGCCGCACGGCUCGUGGAGCAGCCCGAGUGGAUCCUCUCCGAGGUCCUCCUCUCGCCGGACCUCGUGCCGCACAUCCUCGCCCAGCUGCCGACCACGGAGCACGCCGCCUCGUUGCCAUCGACCGGCGCCGCGACCGGCCUCUCGGACGCAUGGAAGGGGUGGAGCGAGCAGAGCGCACGCUGGUGCGGCAAGUGCUCGGGCAGCAAGCCUGUGCGGUGCAAGCAAGGGAGUGGGUAA